AUGCGGGUGCAGGCGGGGCUCAAGUCUCUGGCGGCGAUGCGAGCAGCAGAGGAGACGCCGGGAGACGGGCUGUCUCCUUACAUGAUAAAGGGACAGCCCUACGUCAGAACCUUCAUGCAGGUGUUAUACACUGCCGUGAACAAGACGGGUCUGUGUAUAGAGGAGGAGAGCAACGAAGACAGAAGAAAACAGCAUAUUGUUGUGGGGCUUCUUGCUGCAUGCACGCUGCGGCUGCUGCAGCGGGGCCCUGAUGUCACUGCCUCUGUAGAUGUUGUUGAGCUCAGCGCGAUGGUGGGAUCGCCGAUCCCCUGUUCAGACUUUAUAAAUCCAGCGAGGCAGAGCCAGCAGCAGCAGCAGCAGCAGCAGCAGCAGCAGCAGCAGCAGCAGGAGCAGCAGCAGCAGCAGCAGCACGAGGUGUUGACUACGGCAAAGACGAUGAAGCCGCAGCAGCAGCAGCAGCAGCAGCAGUGGUCUUCACAGGGACUGCAGCAGCAGGAGAGACAGCAGCAGGAGAAACAGCAGCAGCAGCAGCAGCAGCAGCAGCAGGAUGAGGGAGUUGUUGUUUUAUUUAAUUUUGCUGAUGUAUUAGAGGGAUACGGUGGGGCCCUGCUGCUGCCUAACCUGCAGCAACGCACAGAUUGUCUCCUUUCUGUUGCUACCUCCACCGCCACCAUCUCCGGCACGCCUGGGGGCAAGGCGAAGAUAUGUGUGACGGUGCUGGACCCCCAGGUGCAUUUUUCUUUUGAGAUGUUUCAGGGUUUUGUGAGCCUGGAGACGCAUGCACGGCUGGAGCAGCUACAAGUGGCUAAGUCAGCAGCAGCAGCAGCAGCAGCAAUGAAAGCUGCUGUUGCUGCUGCUGCUGCUGCUGCUGAAGCAGAUGCUCUUGCUCUCACACAACAAAUACCCAUACGAGAACAAGACCUAUUCACUGCUCGCUCCUAUCCACCAUGGGUGCAGCAGCAGCAGCAGCAGCAACAGCAGCAGCAGCAGCAGCAGCAGCAGCAGCUGCUGCUGCUGCCGUAUAACAUGCAGGAGACAGGGUCUCCACACACAGAGAAGCUGCAACGCUCGCUGCAUGCAGCAGAGUCAGAGAGAAGCACAGGAGUAUACGAGGGCUCUCUUGGUGUUUCACUGAAUGGUGUUGGUGCUGCAUCUCCUAUUGCUGCUACUUCCACUUCUGCUGCUGCUGCUGCAGCUGCUGCUGCUGCUGCUGACACAGCAGCAGCAGCAGCAGCAGCUCUCGGGGGCCAUCCAUCAACUCUGCGUGUUACGAAUUACUCUGUCUCUCUCGGUGACCUCUCUGUGGAGGGGGUGUUGCUGCGGUUCCUAAGAGACUUUGCUUUUUCUCUAAGAGAUGCAGCGGGGCCCCCAUCACAGCAGCGGCAGAGGCCCCUCUUUGGGUGGGCCCAGCCAGAGGGGAUGGGGGGGAGAGCAGCAGCAGCAGCAGCAGCAGCAGCAGCAGCAAGGGGAGGAGAGGGUACAGCUGAGGCCCCCAUCGUCGAUGCUAUGGAUCUGGUGCGGCUGCAUCAGCAGCGGAGAGGGGGGGCCCUCGGUAGGGCCCUUGAGGAGUUGAAAGCUAUAUCUAGCGGCUCCCAGACCCUGCUGCCUGACGAAGCAAACUCUGUACUUACUAGCAGCAGAAGCAACAGCAGCAACAGCAGCAACAGCAGCAGCAGCAGCAACAGCGGCAGCAGCAUUGAAUCACCAAUUGCACACACUACUGAAUCCUUCUCCUGGGGCCCUGUUGACCCAGCAUCGAGACAGACGCUGCAGCACGAGCUGCAGCAUAGAAAAUCCCCACACCACCAGCACCAGCACCAGCAGCACCAGCAGCAGCAGCAGCAGCAGCAGCAGCAGCAGCAGCAGCAGGGUUUAACAUACAGGGAUGCUCAGAAUUUAUUUCAAAGAAUAGAUGAUGAAGAAGCUGUAGAUACAGCUGAGCUGCUGCUGCUCGCUAACCUAAUGGCCGUAGGAAACAGAGAAGCAACAAAAACUCACGGGGUGUAUACGAGGGGCCCCCAGGGUACAGAAGAUGAUUUAUUACAGGAUGAUGAGGGGCCCCGUGGUGGGGGCCCCCUUGUUCGACGUCGAGGUUAUAUGGGUAUAAUAGAGGGUACUACAGCAGCAGCAGCAGCAGGGGGGGCCCCCCCGGGGCCCCCGGGUCCCCCAGCGGAGCUAAGCAGCGAGGUGUCUAUGAGUUUGUUUCAGGGGCCCCCCGAGACAGAGUUCGUGGACCCAUACAGCCAGAGAUACAGAGACAAUACAUAG